AUGUCUCUCAAUCCAACCCAAGCCACCGGCCUGAACCAUUGCCAAGCAGACUCUCUCCAUGAAUCAAGCGCUUCAGCCGUUGCAGAAUGCCUCGUCGAUCUGUCAGCAUUCGUGUACAAAGGAUAUUGUACUGGCAUCAUCAUGCUUGACUUGCCCAUCUUGGCAACGGCGAAAAAUUUGUCCAACAGGUUAUAUGGCUAUGCGUUUAGCCUCGUGAUUGAGCGGAGUCCAGGUUUCUUGACCAGACCAGGACAGAAUACAAGCUUGAACACAUCGCGAGCCGUAGACAGCAUGAGCCAGCUGGCCGCAUUCCUGGAGAACAAGGCACACGAUCUGGAAGUGUGCGGCUUCGCCAAUGGUCACGAGGUAGCACUAGCAGAGGACUUGAGAUUCUUCGAGCAAUACACUCGGAUGCUACUCCAAACUGCGCCAAGUCGUCUCAAAGCUGUAGACUCUUCUGCGCCGCCCAUCAAUGCUUCUAUAAAAGUACCAGAAGGUAGAGCUCUGAGUGAGAAAUCACGAGGCAAAGCAGCAGAGGCACAGCCCACUGGAUCUGACGAGCCUGGUAGAGACGCACAAGACAUUUCGGGUGUUGAGCAUAUCGCCUUCGAGUACAAUGUCACCCAGGCAAUCGAAGCCCCUCUACCUAGUCCAGGCACGGUUAUGGGUCAGUCAUUGAAGUAUAACAACCAUCCUACAGAUGUGUCGAGUGAUAUACGACGACCCACGCACCUCGACAUACCACCUCUCGAGAGCGGCGCGACAACCCCAGCUGGCGCUACUACUCCUUAUGAUCUCCGUCCUACGCCGUUCAACGUGGAACAUGCGCCGCAUCCUUUGCAAGGCUCUCGACUCUGGAGUCCUUCCUGCAUUGCAGACAACGAAGCUUUUUCUCGGCUCCAUUCCGGAUCCGACAAGACACUGCGUCAAACACCAAACUCUUGCACAACUCUUCAGAUUGGGCACAGCACCGAGGACCCUUUCCAGUCCCGCCAGUAUGUAGAUGCUUCGACUCUGGGCUACACCGGUAUCAAAGCACUCCGACUGGUGCAUCCAUUCUGCGCUCGCGAGAUUCACGAGUUGAACUUUGAUGUCCUCCGAUUCCUUGACGUUGUCCUUGGUGAGAGAGUCGUUGCACGAGCCGUAGAGAUGGAGCAUGUCAGUGCAAAGCGCGAGAGAGCUGCGAAUCGCGCUCUCAGAAAGAGCCGCGAGAUUGUGGAACGAGAGAUUGGGAUACGGAAUUGGGAGAUCAAUCGUGCUCCUCCGCAACCACAUUCGACAGCAUCCGAUGACAGAGCUGAAGCACUGCAUAGCCAGCCCACAUCCGCGGUCCAUGAGUGUCAUGCCAGUGAAUCUGUCGCAGAGGGUUUAGAAGCUGCGACACCACCUCCAUCACACAUCUCUUGGCCAGGCAUUUCACUCGAUCCAGAUGACUCUGCGUCACAGCACGAAUUGCUCCCUCUCCCUGUUCGGAAGCGUCUGGAUACAUAUUCGAUACAUGUCGAAGUCCCAAGAGGAUUACAAGGUCCAAAGGACAUACACGUGAGAUUCGCCGACGAGGCGCCAGCAGACAGACUCGCUGGCUCGGCUUCUCCGGCAAGGACAUCAUCUUCUGUUCCGACUGAGCUUCUCCGCGCACCAGGCGGUACAGGCUUUGGGGCGAAUCGAGUCGAUGAAGUUGGGUCUGCUGCUGAAGUGCCUGUAGUCGAGACUGCACAAGGGCCUACCAAGUCUUCGCAAAUCGCGUCAAACGACCGUGGUCCUUCUGUGGAGCAAGUACAAGCACAACUGACUGCACUGCAACUCCAGCUUGCGAACGCUCGGCCUCGUGAGAGGCCAAGACCGGAGGUGAGUGUGUAUGUACGUCCAAAUAUGCCAGAGUCUCCUCUUCAAGGCUCACCUUCCAGCAUACAAGGCUUUCAUGGGGACUGCGAAUGCGCUUUUCAGCCAGACGGCGAGCACAGCAGCCCCUUGGAGGAGACACAUUGUGCGGUAACUGUGCCAACACCAGAUGAUUCAACUGUAAUUCAUACAAUUCCGAAACCUGUGAGCACUGUCGUAGCAGCCGCAGCAGCAGCAGCACAGCCCAGUACAUUACCUACACAUCCUCAAGCAGAAGCGACGCAAUGGAAGGAAGACACCCACACGUCCAAUGGUCGCAGCUCACCUCCUUAUGUGGCUUACACCAAAUGUGAAGAUGAAGAUGGUAAAUUGUAUAUUCUCGACACACCAGAUGGAAAGCCGAUUUGUCUUGAGACAGCAACUGCAGCAGCAACAACAACAACUUCCACAUGUCAGCAACAGCAACAGCAACAGAAUCUCACCAGCAAUAAUAGUAACAGUAAAAAAAGUUCCAGCAGUAAUAUUCUCAGUAAUAACAGCAAUGAUAAACCUGACAUCUCCGAAAUCCAGCAUCAGAUGAUCAAAUCUCCCGACGAACAAGAACAACAACAUCAAUCCUCAAAACAUACUUCCAAUUCACCUCCCCUCCUCCUCUUCUUCUCGCCUGUGCAGGAUUUCAACAGCCCUGAUGAGUUAUCCUCUGCUCCUGUUCCUGAUCUUGCUCUUCUUGCUCUGGAAGCACAAAUUCCAAGAAGCGAUACUGCUGCGACGCAGUCUCUGGCUGCCGGAUUGAAAAGUUCGAGGGGUAGAGGGAGGGUUGAGAGAGGAGGGUUUGCUACUGUUGGUGAAGAUUCUGGUGAUGAUGAUGAUGGUGAAUAUUCUGGCGAUGAUGAUGAUGAUGAUGGUGGUGGUGGUGAUGAGGAAUGGAGGCGAUUGGGGUUUGUGGAAGCGGGUUGUUCUUCGAGAGGGAGAAUGAGUUUUUUGGGAUGA